AUGGCACCUUCGCCGCUCCUUGUCAAGCGCAGCUGCAACUACUAUGAGGAUCCUAACUGUACGGAUGACUCCAGUUGGUGGUGGAGCAGUGAUGGCUAUGGAGUUCGCUAUGCAAUCAUCGCUCUAAUCUUCAUCGGCAUCGCUCUGCUGCUCUUCGGCUCCUACUUCCACGCCCAGCGCAGAAUCCGCAAAGGUCUGCAGCCCCUCGCCUAUCACCGCUGGCUCGUCUCUCGUCGCCGCUACAGAGCUACACCAUACCCGCAGAACAACUACACCUACUACCAGCAAGACCCUGCCUACCCGCCUCAGCAAGGUUAUCCGAUGCAGAACAUGGGCGGCGCAUACCACGGACCUGCUGAAUUUCAGCCGCCACCACCUGCAUACGGCAACUGGGAGGCACCGCCAGUUUACCAGCCUCCUCAGGGUGCGAGCAAGGUUGCUGCCAACCAGAACACUCAGCCUGCCAGAAACGACGUCGCUGGCGAGGGAAGCAGCGCUUCGUUACCGCUCAACAACGCUCAGAACAACAACACUAAUCAGCACACCCAGUAA